GUCGUCAAUGCUUCCUCCGACUUCUGCGCCAACCUUGUCACAUUCUUCCACGGGCCAUGGCGUCGACUCCAAAGCAAGUCUACACGGACAUGGAAGCGCCGCCGAUGGCCGUUCCAGUUGCACCUCUCACCCUCGGUGAAUGGAAGGUGCCUGUGACUCGAGCCACGACCAACUUGAGCACCGACUGCUGCCCAUGCGUCGUGCUUGCCGACACGAUGUCUCGCAUUAUCACGCACGGCUACGUCUACGGUGGCAUGCUGACAUUCUUUUACACCAUCGCGUUUACCCUUCCAGCGACCCUCUUCUUCAUGUACAAGCGAUCGUCAUGGGACUGGGUCGCCGUGUGCGUUGGAAGUCUCAUGCUGGCAGCGAUGGUGGUUGCCGUCGCUCGGUUCAAGGUCAGGUCGUACUUUGGCAUCCCAGGCAACCUGUUCGAUGACUGUUUCUUUGCAUGCUUUUGCAUGCCGUACACGAUCGGCCAGAUGAAAGCGCAAGUAGAGGACAUACCAGUCGCCGUCAGCACGUUGCCAGGAUACGAAGCCUAGCUACGAACUAUAAACUCCACAUGUUUCUACAAUUUUCUGUCUUGAU